GAAGGCUAGGAAUCUGGGGCUGCGGCUCCAUUCACUGCUCCCUGGCUGAACCGUCCGUCUCCCUCCAGACAGCCCCCGGCUGUUCCCUGGGAACCCGUGGACCCAGCUGGAGAUGUCUUCUUUAAGUCGCUGGGGCCUGCACGCGGCCCUUCUCGCCCUGCUCUGCUGCUCAGAGUCUAGUGAGGCAGCAUUCGAGGUAUACACAUGGCCAGAGAGGCUGGUGGUAGAAAAUGGAGGGUCCAGGACAGUCAACUGCAGCACCAGCUGUGCCAACCCUGUUAUGGGAGGCCUGGAGACCACCCUGGAAAAGACUCUGCUGGAGGAGCAGCCUCAGUGGAAGUCCUUUCGGAUCUCAAACGUCUCCCGGGACACGGUCCUCUUUUGCUACUUCACCUGUGCUGGGGAGCAGCUGUCAAAGAGUCUCAACGUCAGCACGUAYGAAUUUCCAAAGCAGAUCAUACUGCAGCUGCAGCCAGUCUGGGUGACCCUGGGCAAACCUUUCACUAUUGAGUGUAGGGUGCCCGAUGUGAAGCCCCUCGAGAGCCUCACCCUCACCCUGUUCCGUGGCAAGGAGACCCUGCACAGCCAGACCUUCAGUGGGGGAGCAACCGACCCUCAGGAGGCCAGAGUCACAUUCAACAGCACGGCAAGCAAAGAGGAUGGCCUGCUGAACUUUUCCUGCCAGGCCGAGCUGGACCUGCGGUCUCGUGGGGGGGACGUCUUGCGCAACAUCUCAGAAAACAAGGUCCUUCGAGUCUAUGAGCCCCCGCCGGAAAACCAGAUGGUCAUCAUUGUCACAGUCGUGUCGGUACUGCUGUUCUUGUUUGUGAUGUCCGUCCUGCUCUGCUUUGUCUUCGGCCAGCACUGGCGCCAGAGGCGGAUGGGCACCUAUGGGGUGCGAGCUGCCUGGCGGAGGCUGCCCCAGGUCUUCCGGGUGCAGCACAUGUGAGCUGCGAAGCCACUGCCUUGGUGGCUGCUGGAACUCAGCAUGGCUCCUCAGGGUCGUGGUCCAGCCCUGGCUGAAGGACUAUGACAGCAGCAUAGGACUCUGGCGACAUUUCCUUUUUGAGCCUGAAUACAAACGCCSGGCCAUAACCCUGUGUCCUCCAGGUCUGCUCCUGGGAUAUCAGUCAACAGCCCAGAAGGGGAAGGUACAGGCACGGACUUCUGCCCCUGCAGGUUCCCUCAGUCUCUUCCUGUCCUCUCUUUCACAGGGGCCUUCCAGGGCUCUGCUGGCCCAGGCUCAGKCCCCAGACACCAACCCCAUCUGGCCCCCAGUGAUGAAUUCCUACUGGGGGAGGGGGAGAAACAGUGUGGCCUGUGAGGCAAAAGUCACUGCUGUCACCUGGCCCAAGGUCCCCUAGGAUCAYUCCUGGUGAGAGCAGGACACAAUUCUGACUCUCUUUCCCACUGUGUGAGRAUGGGGCCCAAGGGAACUGGCUCAGCUCCAGGGUCUUCCCCACUAGCCUCUCCCCUACCACUUUGGGCCCUUCUCUCCCUCAAGGCAGCCUUCAAAGAUCUGGGGAAACCAGAACAUUCCACUUCUCUCUGGACCCAUUAUUAGGCCCAAAAGGCAGCCCCACCAUCUUUGUCAUUCCAGAAGGAGGAGUGAGGGACAAGGGUGGGCCUGGGGCUCUUGCACCUGGGUUUGCCCCAAGUCCAGGCAGGAAGCAGUUGGGUUUCAGGCCCAGAAGGGGCAAGAAGGAGUGCUUACAGUCCAGUUAAAAACCACAGUGGGUGGAGGGCUGGGUUGUGGCUCAGCAGUAGAGCUCUCGCCUAGCACGUGCAAGGUCCUGGGUUUGA